AUGUAAAAGUUGGGGUUCCGCUUUUGUUUCAGAUGGAAAAAAUGUCUUGAUAAAGGAACUUGGUCUUCAUAUCUAAUCCCUUCAGGUUAUGUUAAUGAAGGUACUGAUCGAUGUUGUUAAUGGACUGGAACAGCCUGUAUAUUGAGAGAAUUUUCAGAUAAAGUUGCUACUUCUGACACUGAAUGUUUAAGUUAUGUUUUUACGAGUGUACUCUGCAUAACUGAUGAAGGUAAGUGUGUUCCUAGAUCUACAUGUGUUUUUUACUAAAGUGAAGCAGAUUUUACAACUGGAUAAGAUGGAAUAUUAAAAUUGAAUUGA